CAUUGCAACAAUAUAAGUUACAUUGCAGCUAAGUACAUUAAAGAAAAACGCAAAGAAAAAAAGAGAAAAACAAACAGACUGCUCUUGUUGCUAAGUUUUGAAGUAACGUUGAUGGAAAGUCAUCGGGAUUUGGCCACAAAAGCCAUAAGUUUUUGCUUACUUCCAUCAGAACUCAUCCAAUAUAUAAUCCUUCAGCUUGCCUUGCCGGAGAUUAUACAAUUGAAACUUGUCAACAAGUCUAUUUUCUCUAUUAUUUCUGAUCAGAAUUUCGUACGCAAUUACAAUAAUCAAUCAAGCUCUGCCACAUGGCUGUUCCUCUACAAGAAACGGUGGCGCUGUGAAGCCAUUCUCUACGGCUUCACAGAUUGUUCCAACCGGUGGUUCAACAUAUUGAUCGCUGAUUUGUUAAAACAAGUGGUUCCACCAGGUGAAGAUGUCUAUUUUUUGACUGCAAAUGCUAAUAUAUUCCUCUUCGCUUUGAAUAAUAGGCAAGAAGUCAUGUCAGUUGAUAUUAUGACUAGGAUGGUGAAAAAGAUCCCUCCAAGUCCGUUAGGUCCACGUGGUACAUCGUCAUGGCGAAGAUCUGGUAUGAAAUUACUGUCUUGCCCUUAUAAUUCCGAGCAUUUUAGAUUUUUGUUUGCUGAAUUACAUGAAAGUCAUCCAACUUUAUUUGAGUAUAAUUCAAGAGUUGAAAGAUGGCAAUUUACCCAAGCAAUAGAAGUUACCCAAGAGUUGGGAGAUGAUUUUAUUUUCCUAAGUGCAUCUAAUGGACGAAACGGAAGUGUUAUCAUAGGCGUGAGACCUGAUCAAAGCAACAGUAUUCCAGUUGUCAUCCGACCAACAUUCAUCACCCGAGGGAACGAGGAAGAUCGAUUAGCCAUUGGAUUUAGUUGGGGAAAUGCCAUCGAUAUAUUACACGUGUACGGUGAUGGAAACAUAAUGACUAUUAAAUCAGAUAAAGUGAAUAAGACAGUUAGAAAGAUAAAGAGAAUAGAGUUAUGGGGGUUGAGCACAAAUGGGAGGUAUUGGGAAUUCAUAUCAAUGGCACCAAAUGAGUUGAUUGUUGAUAAAAUAAGCAAGCCAUAUGGUGCUAUGAUAGGGUGUAUGCAAAAAACGCAAGGCAUAACAAGGGCAAUUUUGAUGACCAAUCUUGAGGGUACAUGGGAAACAAUUUGGUUAAGCUAUAACAAAAGGGACGACUACUGGGCGUGGCUUUCAUUACCUGAUUGCAACAUGAAGGGCUCCAACCUGGCUGGAGUCACAUUCUCCUCUGGUUUAACCUUGACCUAAGUGAUAUAUUCUCACAUUCAUAAUUGCAUCUUCAAUGUCAAUGUGUCAUAUCAUCAAAUAGUUAAACCAUACUGAAUCUGUAAAACGUUCAACCUACAUAAAUAUUUUCUUUAUUAGUUUUUGGCAAGCAAUGCACUGUGCGCACUGUAUCAAUGAACAUUGGUUUUUAAGCACCACCGAGAAUAAUAUUAAAAAAUAUGCUUAAAUAAUAUUCCCUCCAUUUCAAAA